GCUGUGCAGGGUAGAGUUCCGUCACUCUCGGUCUCUCUUUUUUCUUUCUGUCUGUCUCUCGCCUCGCGUUCUAGUCUCGUCUCUUGACCAGGCAGCCUUUUCCCUCUCUAGUUCCCCUGUAGUUUCCUUCUUCUCUCUCUUCCCUUUUGAAGAGGGAAGUUGGCAGUGGAUUUGAGCAGGGAGAGAUAAAGCAGUGCUCUAGGGGGGAGACUUUCAGAGAGAGCGGUAGGAAGGGAGGCAGCAAGAGAAGGAGGGUGAUGGCGAGCGAAGAGGCGAUGGGGGAGAGCCCGGGGGAGCGGUCGGAAGACAGCGCUCACCCUGACACAGCGAGUGACCCAGGUGGGCUGUCCGUCUUAGAGCAGCUGGGUCUGGACCAGAGCUCGGACUUCUCAGACACCACGGUGCAGCAGCGUCUUGAUGAGCAGAGGGAGAAGAUCCGCAGGGAGAUCAGGAAGGAGCUGAAGAUCAAGGAGGGGGCUGACAAUCUCCGCAGGGCCACCACCGAUAAGAGGAAUGCCUCCCAGGUGGAUUCCCAACUACGCAGCUCCAACCGUAAGCUGGAAGACCUGCAUGCUCAGUUACAGGAGCUGGACGCUCACAUCAUGGUGAAGGGGGAGACGACAACAAGGGUAUAUGACCCACCCCAGUCCCCGGGGGCGGAGAGCCGCUCGUCAGCAAGCCAGGACCGCAUUGCCGCCCUGGAGAGACAGCUCAACAUCGAGCUCAAGGUCAAACAGGGAGCCGAGAACAUGAUUCCAAUCUACGCCAACGGAUCCACCAAGGACAAGAAGAUGCUGCAGACGGCCCAGCAGAUGCUGCAGGACAGCAAGACCAAGAUCGACAUCAUCCGCAUGCAGAUCCGCAAGAACGUGCAGGCCACUGAGCACACCGAGGACACACAGGGUAACCAGGAUGUGUGUGGUGUGGAGCUGCGUAUUGAGGAGCUGAGGCACCACUACAGGGUAGAACACGCUGUGGCAGAGGGAGCUAAGAAUGUCCUCCGACUACUGGGGGCCAGCAAGGUCCAGGAUAAGAAGGCCCUGUCAGAGGCCCAGUGUCGUCUGAGCGAGGCGUCCCAGCGGUUGGACGUCCUGAGGGACUCUCUGGACCAGCGUCUGGCCGACCUGCCGGAGGACCACCCCAAGGCCUGCCUCAUCAAGGAGGAACUAGUCCUGGCCGCCUCCCCGGCCUUCAGCUCCCGCCACAGUGCCCCCUACCUUCACAACCAGUACAGCACCCUCAGCAAGCCCUCCCCGCUCACUGGUACUCUCCAGGUGCAGCUGCUGGGCUGUGUGGGGGUGUUGGAGGUGGUCCCGGGGCGCAGUAAGGGCACGGCGGUCAUGUUGCCCUGCUACAGCCCCGGGGAGGGACGCUCCUUCAUGAACCGCAGCAGCAAGAGCAACCUGUACGGACGCAGCGGGAGCGUCAGCGGCAAGACUCCCAGCAAGACCGACGAACUCUCCUCGGAGGUGAGUGCGGUGCUGAAGAUGGAUAACUCAGUGGUGGGUCAGACAGCCUGGAAGAGUGUAGGGGAGCAGGCCUGGGACCAGACCUUCACUGUGGAGCUGGAGAGGUCCAGGGAGAUGGAGAUAGCAGUGUACUGGAAGGACUACCGCUCGCUGUGUGCUCUCAAGUACCUGAAGCUGGAGGACUUCCUGGACAACCAGAAACACCGAGUUCAGCUGGAGCUGGAGCCACAGGGGCUGCUUCUGGCUGAGGUGAUAUUCUUCAACCCGGUGAUUGAGAGAGUCCCACGCCUUCAGAGACAGAAGAAGGUCUUCUCCAAACAGCAUGGCAAGGCUUUCCUGAGAGCUCGUCAGAUGAACGUUGACAUCGGGACCUGGGUCCGACUCUUGAGGAACGCUAUCCCCACUGUCAACAACACAGGAACCUACAGCCCCAAUGCACACAACCUCAACUCUGGGGAGAUCUCAGUGGAGAAACUAAGUCUGGACAGUGACUCUCCAGUCAGGCAUGAUUACAGGAGAGACUCUGAUAAUAACACCCCGGAGCGGUUGCCAGUGAUUGAGCCCUUCUCUCCCCCAGACCUCACCCCUGAUCGCCCUGCCCAAACCCCCCCUCUGAGCAGUAAACAUAAGAAAACCCUGUGCCUCCAGGACUUCAGGCUGAUCGCUGUGCUGGGCCGGGGACACUUUGGAAAGGUGCUGCUGUCAGAGUACAAGAAGACAGGAAGUAUAUACGCCAUCAAGGCCCUGAAGAAAGGAGAUAUUGUUGCACGGGAUGAGGUGGAGAGUCUGAUGUGUGAGAAGCGUAUCUUUGAGACGGUGAACGUCUCCCAGCACCCCUUCCUGGUCAACCUGUUUGCGUGUUUCCAGACCCCAGAACACGUGUGCUUCGUCAUGGAGUACACGGCUGGCGGUGACCUCAUGAUGCACAUCCACGCUGAUGUCUUCACUGAACCACGGGCUGUGUUCUAUUCAGCCUGUGUGGUUCUGGGGCUGCAGUUUCUCCAUGACCACAAGAUUGUGUAUCGAGACCUUAAACUAGACAACUUACUGCUGGAUACAGACGGAUAUGUAAAGAUUGCCGACUUUGGACUCUGUAAGGAAGGGAUGGGCUAUGGGGACAGGACCAGUACGUUCUGUGGUACUCCAGAGUUUCUGGCCCCUGAGGUCCUGACCGACACCUCUUACACCAGAGCAGUGGACUGGUGGGGCCUGGGGGUCCUCAUCUAUGAGAUGCUGGUGGGAGAGUCGCCCUUCCCUGGUGACGAUGAGGAGGAGGUGUUUGACAGCAUCGUGAAUGACGAGGUCCGCUACCCACGAUUCCUCUCCACAGAGGCCAUCGCCAUCAUGAGGAGGCUGUUGAGGAGGAACCCAGAGAGAAGACUAGGCUCUGGUGAGAAAGAUGCUGAUGAGAUAAAGAAACAGCCUUUCUUCCGGGGUCUGGAUUGGGAGGCCCUGCUACAGAGGAAGCUUCCCCCUCCCUUCGUUCCCUCCAUCAAGGGCCGAGAGGACGUCAGCAACUUUGAUGAGGAGUUCACCGCCGAGCCUCCCGCCCUGACGCCGCCGCGCGAGCCCCGCACGCUCUCCCGCAAGGACCAGGACAGCUUCUGCGACUUCGACUACGUCUCCGACCUCUGCUAGGGGUCGAGAGGUUGUGACCUCUAUCACGUCAUCGUCAUAUGAGGGUCAUGGGGUCACGGCAGUCUGCAAGGGUGGUCUGCUGCAUCCACCACACUGUGAAUGUGAUAUGAGAAACGGAGAAGGGUCGGUCUGUAGUGUAGUCUACGUCUGUGUGGGAGGUAUGAACUAGAGGAGAUUAAUGCAGACCCAGGCCAAGACUCUGUGACUGUGUUUUUUUUUUAUACUGCAGCAGCAUCUCACACAACUGUGAGAAGGGGCCGUCAAUAAGACUGGUGGUUGAUGGGAAAUGAAGUUCUGUUACAAUGAGACGUGGCUAUGUUUUCCAAAGGAAAAGAAGACAGAAAAAAAGAAACUGUGACGCCCGCUAAGCUUGUGCCACCUCCUCCCUAUCUAGAACACUCCAUUGGCUGUGUCCUUACAAGAACAUGUCAUAACAUGUGUAACUUCUACUACACAGUCAACCCCUUUUAACUUUGCCUUCCAGUUCCAUCCUCCUUUGUGCCAGUGUUGUAGUCUGCUCUGAUUCUGCUCUGAGAUCUGAGGAUCUCCAUGUAACGUUCAGUGUUGGGAUCCAUUCCAUUUCAAUUCAGUCAAUUCAGGAAGUCAAUUGGAAUUUCAGUUUAUUUCCUGAAUUCAAAUGGAAUGGUGCCCCAACCCUGGUUCCUUCAUACUGUGACAAAACACAAAUAAUAUUUGGGAGAGGGUGUGGUGGGGUGGGUGCAUGGCUUGAAAUGAUGCCUUAAAUUUCUACUGGGAUCUAUAGAAUUGCAUUUCAUGUUGUUAUUUUGUGGUCCUUGGUAACUAACUGUGGUCCUUGGUAACUAACUGUGGUCCUUGGUAACUAACUGUGGUCCUUGGUAACUAACUGUGGUCCUUGGUAACUAACUGUGGUCCUUGGUAACUAACUGUGGUCCUUGGUAACUAACUGUGGUCCUUGGUAACUAACUGUGGUCCUUGGUAUGCAAUGAGGGUGAUAAUGUUUUACAUAAAUGCUAAGAGGAGAAAAGGAAGUACCUCCAUCUGCCUAUCAAAAUGAUUGCUUGGAGGAAGUUGAAUCAACAGUGUGUAGAAUCAUCUAUAUAUAUGUACUCUACAUUGUUACAAUGUUGUGAACAAUCACCCAUCAAGUUACCCAAUGUUAGUCUUGUGUCAACAGAAGGGUAAAGAACCACUGCUUGGAGGAACGGUCAAUUCUGAUCCAACCAGAUCCCUAGUGCAUUCACAAUGGGCAAUUGUUGCCCUUUUAACAUUCUUUAAAAUGUUCUGAUUUGAGUUAUUAUGGGGGGGAAAAAUUCGACAGUGCUUUUGGUUCUGUUUUUGGUUGAUAAUGAAGUCGUUGAGAAAAGCAACAGAGAGCGUUAUUGAAUUUAUCCUGUUGCCUUUUAAUUGGUCCAGUCUGUGAAUUUUAUAUAAGGGUGUGUCAUGUGGCAGUCUACACCUGUGCCAUUUGGUCAUAUCUGAACACACAAAAGAAAGGCUGAAGGAUGCAUGUCUCGUUCCAAACAUUUAAAUAUUCACACAAACGUACACACACAGAGACUUUAAUGCUCAAGACACUCAAAUUCAAUCAGUGGCAUGAAGUGGACACACAUCCAAGCAAUGAAUCAUGCUCAGGCUUCUCCAGGUUGAAGUGACCAUUAAGAACGGAUCUAGGAUCAGUUUAUUCCAACCUCAUCCACUAGGAAAGAAAACUGACUUCAGGUCAGAACUUAGAGGCAGCUUCAUCCUCCAACUACAGUACAUGCUCAUCUGCAGAAGUCAAUAGAAAACAAACUUUACCUCCCUUGUCUCUGUGUAUGGGGGUGUGUUUUGAAUCAUGUUUGUCUGGCUGCAGACUCUACUUAUCUUGUGUACGACUAUACAAAAGGAAGUGAAAGUAUGAGAUUAGUUAUUUAUAAAGAAAAUCUGUUGGGAAAA